AUGGGCAGUUUUGAACUAAUCAAUUUGCUGGAAUUGGAUGAGAGUGACAGACCAGAGACAAUUCGUAGCAAGUAUCACGGACUGUUGAGGAAGUACGAGAGGAUACUACGGAGUAGCAGUGGGGAUGAGUACACCAGUACGAAGAGUCGUAUGAUACAUCUGAUGCAAUUAUACUCAGAAUCAGAUCAUAUCAGUGUAUCAGAGGUAGUUGAAUGUGCCUACGAUAGAGUUGGAGUAGGAAAGAAGACCACUUGCAGGUGUGGGGCAGAGUAUAAGACAGAAGAAGUGGGGAUAGUAGGGUGUGAAUGGUGUAGUUGCUAUAUUGUAGUAGAGAAAGUGGUAGUAAUAGAUAGUAAGCAUAUUGGCAACUAG